UGAUCCUUGGACAUGACUGUAUGUAAACGUGUGUAGGCAAUACACAAUAAAUAGUCUGCAGAACUGGAGCAUGAACCUAGGAUGAUGUGUGUGCUAGGCAAGUGCUCCACCAUUAGCUGGUUACAACUCUGUAAAUACUUUUUUAUCCUGUGAUAGGGGCUUCUUGAUAAAUUGUUCAGGGUGGCCUUAAACUCAUUCUGUGGUCCAGACAGCUGAAAUUUCCAGUUCUCCAGCUUUCGUCUCUAUCCGACUAGUCCCCUCUGAGGCCCGGAACCUUCGCUCGACAAUUAGGCUGUCCAGGGAAGUUUUAGGCGGUGAUACCUUCCACAAACCAACCGACAGAUAAGAGCGUUGAGAAGCCAGCAGGGCGGGCCCAGCGAGAGGUCAUGGAAGACAUGCCAUCCUGCUCCAUCAGCAGCACUCUGUUCCAGCAAGAAGACCAGCAAGGGAUCACCUACCGGAUCCCAGCCCUGCUCUACAUCCCUCCCAGCCACACCUUCUUGGCCUUCGCAGAGAAGCGGUCCACAAGCAGAGACGUGGAUGCCCUCUACCUGGUGCUCAGGCGAGGGGUGAUGAAUGGCCACUCUGUACAGUGGGGACCGCUGCAGCCACUGAUGGAAGCCACAUUACCUGGGCAUCGGACCAUGAACCCCUGUCCUGUGUGGGAGCGGAAUACCGGCCGUGUGUACCUGUUUUUCAUCUGUGUGCGGGACCAUGUCACUGAGCUUCGGCAGAUUAGGUUAGGCAGGAAUGCUGCCCGUCUCUGCUUCAUUUGCAGUCAGGACGCUGGGUGCUCGUGGAGUGAAGUGAAGGACUUGACUGAGGAGAUCAUUGGCUCAGAGAUGAAGCACUGGGCCACGUUCGCGGUGGGCCCGGGUCACGGCAUCCAGCUGCAGUCAGGGAGACUGCUCAUCCCCGCUUAUGCCUACUAUUUCUCACGCCGGUUCCUCUGCUUUGCGUGUUCAGUCAAAGCCCAUUCCCUGAUGAUCUACAGUGAUGACUUAGGAGUUACGUGGCACCAUGGCAAGCUCAUUGGGCCCCAGGUGACAGUGGAAUGCCAAGUGGCGGAAGUGACUGGGAGGGCUGGUAACCUUGUGCUUUACUGCAAUGCCCGGACACCAGACAGAUUCCGAGCAGAAUCCUUUAGCACUGAUUACGGUGACUGCUUUCAGAAACCAGCCCUGAACCCACAACUCUAUGAGCCCGGCUGUGGCUGCCAAGGCAGUGUAGUGAGUUUCCAGCCCUUGAAGAUACCGCAAUUACAAGACCCAAGUGGUGAAGAUGCGCCCGAUACUCAGAAGCGCCCUCUGCUGGACAGCUUUCUGGAGCGGGAGGAAGGAGCUGGAACCCCAUCAAGAACAUGGCUCUUGUACUCUCAUCCAACUAGCAAGAAGCAGAGAAUUAACCUGGGCGUCUACUACAACCGGAACCCCUUGGAGGGGACCACCUGGUCCCGCCCCUGGAUCUUGCACUGUGGGCCCUGUGGCUACUCUGAUCUGGCUGUUGUGGAAGAACAGGGCUUAUUCGCAUGUUUAUUUGAAUGUGGGCAGAAGCAUGAGUGUGAGCAGAUUGCCUUCCGUCUGUUUUCAGAUCAGGAGGUCCUGAGCUGUGAAGACUGUAACAGCCCUAGUAGGAGCUAAAGCCAAAUCUAGACUGAAGGGUGAGGACCCAACUUUCCACAGAAGGGAUUACAGAGGUCUCUGAUGUCUACAGAAAAUUCAAAAGCUAAUAUUUUGCUGCUUCCAUUUCUUUUCCCUUUUCCCUUUCCAAUGAGCCUAGAGAAAAUCGUGCCUUACCGUACACAGCAAUAAGGCUAUGGAACUGGGAGUUUGGAGACCACGAUGUGGUUUGGGUUCUGCUGCUGGCUUGCUUUAGGACUGUGGAUGUAUCCCCUGAACUCUCUGGGUAUCAGGUCUCUGUUAUAGAAUGAAAAGGUUGGUUUGCGACUUUUUGUCCUCCCAUUGAAAGGAGAGACCGAGUGCUACCUCUUGUCCCACAAACUCUGGAUUCUGAUCGUGGGUGGGAGCCAGAGACUUAUCUUUUCAAAUGAGUCACUGCUCACUUGAGUAUGAGGUGACAUAUAGGUGCUUUGACCAGAAGAAAGAUGUGCAUCGUUCUAUUUUUAAUAAGGAAAAUGCCUUUACCCUUCUAAUCAUACCCUAGCUCUUCAAGUUCUCUAACCUGGAAGAACUGAGAGGGCAGAACCGUGAAGUCGGCUGCUUUCCCUGGCAUUGCUGCUAUGUUCAACCCCCCCUCCCCAUCCAGAAAACAUUUCCCAGGGAGAAAAAUGAGAACCCCCUGCCAGCUGCCCUUGAUAAUGGUGCUGAUUGCUUUUGAUGUCAUUACCUCCAUUAAAGAUGAAUCUGAGGGGGGCUGAAAGAUGGCUCUGUGGUUAAGAGCACUGGCUGCUAUUCUAGAGGACCUGGGUUCCAUUCCCAGCACCCACAUGGCAGCUCACAACUGUCUAUAACUCCAGGUCCAUAGUAUCUAACCCCCUCUGGCCUCUCCAGGCACUUCAUGCACAUGGUACACACACACACACUUGAACACACACUCCCAUACACAGUACUCAUGUUCCUUGUCUCAAACAGCUUUUGGCUCUACAUCAUUUACUAAAGGGUGGUUAUAGGGCAGCCUGGUGUGCAGACCUUGCAGGUUGAAAGUAACAAAUGCAUACAGACUUUCCUUCACUCUUAUGUGAAGCCCACUGACAGGGAAGACCUCCAUCCAGGUGGGAAGGAAGAGCCGCCAGGGUCUAAGGAUGACUGGGGUAGAUGAUAGCCCUGGCAGUUGGGGAAAGGUGGAGGCUGGAAAGAGAAGAGCCCCCAUGAGAGGUAGGAACUCACUGUAGAGACUCUCACUGUACUACACUAGGGUAGACACAGUAGCUGAAUUCUGUGUCUAGGACGAAAGGAUGAAAAACAGCUUUGGGAUUUCUGUGGGAAUGUCCAAGAAGGGAGUCAAGGAAGGGGCUUAAUUGCCUGCCCAUGUGAAUGCCACUUCUCUCGUUUUCCUUUCUGACCCACCCCUUCCCCUUGCUUUGGGCUUGUAUCUACUUAGUGACUAGCUGUAAAACCCUUAACUGGGAAAAGGCCCUUUGUGCUCUUUUCAGAAAAUGUAAGAAAAGAAGAUCAGAGACUCAGGAUGUCUGAGAUGAAGACUAAAGAGAGAUGGAGUGGGUGACAGCAACUGGGGAGAGCAGGAACAGAAGAUGGAAGACCCUGCACCUUUAGGCAAAGAGGCGGGUGUGAGGUCCCAUCUUGUGGGGUGGUGUAGAGGGUGGUGCUGUGGGAGAAUCAGGUUGAGCUAUUGUCCUGAAGCUUUCAGGAGGGGAGAGAGACCUAUCCAGGCCGGUGGCUCAGCCUGUGCAGGAGGUCCAACCUGAACCAUUUAACUGUCUUAGCUUGUGGUUCAGCUAAGCAACAAAGACAACUGUGGACCCUCCAACCUUGCCAGUCAUCCAAAGGCUUCAGGGCCCUGGGAUGUGUCUCAUGCUGUGGCAACAAUUGUUGAAGCCGCUUCAGCCACCUUCAGGUUGAAAGAGUAGAAAAGAUGGUGGGUAGUCACACUACCAAGGAAAAUAAAGCAGAAAGGAGGCCCGUGGUCUAGGUGUGAAGAGAAGCCCAUACAGACUCUGAUUUUUUGCCUUCAUAGUGUCCCAGUCUGCCCCUGAGGUCUCUAGAAUGGAGUGGCACAGUAACCUAUCGCUGGAGUUCCAGAGAAUAGGCCUCCCGUCCACACAACCUCCUGGCCCAUGUUCCUUCAUAAUCACCUCAGGUUCUUGUCGUUUGGUGCUGCAUUUGGACCUGCAUGUCUUGGUCAUGAGUCUCUCCUCAGAGUGCCAGAGGAUGUCAUGAAGCUUCACUGUGAACCCUAGAAUCCACAUAGGUCAACCUGAGGCUGAAGGGUUAAUGAUCUCCAUCUGGCCCUAUCAUGUUAUCCCUCUGUACAGCUGAAGUCACAUUCUGAGUCUCCCGUUGGUCCUUCCAUGGGCUGCCAGGUGAUACUAUCUGCUGUGUCCUCUAGACCCCUGCUAGGAGGGGUGGAGAAACCCUUUUUCCUUUUUAACUCUGAAUCACAAUAACUUGUCUAUAAUACUGUUUUUCUGUCACAUUCUGAAUUCGCUGAAAGUAAGAGCUGUCUU